AUGGGAGAAGAUUCUGAAGCUAAAACUUUACAGAAUGUCAAGAAUCGCUUGCAAUUCUUCUUUUCGGAUGCCAAUGUUCGUCAAGAUCGAUUUAUUCGAAAGUUGUUGAUGGACAAGGAGGGCGAACACAAAGGAAAGGUUCCAAUUGAGUCUCUAUUGCGCUUCAACACUAUUAAAACACAUACAGAAAAGGCCGAAGUACUUGUCAAAGCUGCUAAGGAACUUGAGGAAAUAUUGGAAUUUGAUGAAGGAGCUGCUGCAAUCGGCCGAAAGGUGGAAUUCACAUCGGAUAUGAUGGAUGGACACAUUCCAAAGUCUCUUCAAGUCAUGAAUUUACCAGUUGCAAAAAGUGACGGAGAGAGUGCAAAGUAUGAUUGUACUGUAGAUGACGUGAAGGACGUAUUUCAAAAGUACGGAGAAGUGGCCCUUGUCAAGUUGAGAUUUUCUGGCUACAAGAAGCCACGAGAUGCUGACGGUUCUGCCAUGAUUGAAUUUACCACUAAGGAGGGCUUGGAAAAGGCUGCAGAGGCCACAUUGACAGUCAAGGAGAAGGCUGAUGUCGAGCCAAAAGAAAAAGUUACUGUCAAGGAUUCCACAUUGAAGGUUAUGCUUCUUUCCGAGUUCCUAGAAGAGAACAAUAGUAAUCGAAAGCAACGGGACAACAAGCGCGACAGAAAUGAUGGAAAAGAAGAAAACGAACCACGUACUUUCAAAUUCGACUGGAAGCCGGGAUGUGUCGUCAAGAUUAAAGGGCUGCCCGAGGGAAUUAAUCGAGAAGCAAUUCUGGAUUCCAUUGCGUUGCACUUGGACAUUUCUGUGACCGAAGUUAAGAAUCAAAAGAUCUAUGCCGAUUUUUCGAUUGGCCAAACCGAAGGAGCUGUUCGAUUCCUGGAACCCGCCGAUCACGUGAAGGAACUAGCAACCAAAUUGAAGAGUGGCGAUUUGCAAAUCUCUGGGUCCAAGGUAGAAGAUGCCUUUAUGCUUGAAGGAGACGAAGAAAAGAAAUACUAUGAAGACUUUAUCGCCUUCAAGAAUAAACAAAUACGCAAUCAUGACGAGAAACAGCGUUCUCGAAAGAAGGGACGAUUUGGAGGUCGAGGUCGUGGUCGUCGAAACUAA